AUGGAUCUUCUGGGUGAUAUUGUGGAGCAUGAUUUAAGUGGAGCAGAAGCACUUCCACCAAAACCGAAACAGCAGGAAAAUGGAAGAAGAAAAGCAAGUAAUAACGGUUUUCCUACGGCAAGGAAACAGAGACCAAGCAGAUGGAGACAAAGAUUAGAGAAAAAGGGUAUAACAUCAAUUUCUGGCGUUGUGAAGGCAGAUCGAAUCGAUCAGAAAUUUUCAGUUAAUGAAGAGAAAAUUGAUGGAACUGACGGAUUAGCAAACGAAAAGUCACAAAGGGAACAGAUAAGCCAACAAAAUUUGGACUAUGUGAAGCACAUGAACGUUUCCGAAAAAGAGGAAAUGCGGAAAGAGCUUUUGGAGAAUGUUAAUAGUAAGACAUUGAGUCUAUUAAUCAAGAGAAGUAGGCAAGGAAAGAAAGAGGAGAAUGAUGAGAAGAAGGAGGAGAAUAAUGAAGAGAAGGAGAAGAAGGAGGAUUAUGAAAAGGGGAAGAAAGAGAAUAAUGAUGACAAAAAUAAGAAUUCUAAAUCAGAGGAAAGUGGUGAUAUGGGAACAAAACUGGUUCCGGAUGUUGUUCCUAUUAUAGAUGCAGACAAUACUUGGAUAGGAGGAUAUAAGAAUACUGAAACUGCUACUGAAGCAAAGGAUAGUGGCGUUUACAUUGAUACUAAAAAAGAAGAUAAAGCAGCUAAAUGUAAACAGAAUGAUGGAAAGAAGUCCGGAGAAGUUGAAAAUGGUAGUAGCGGCUCCAGUUUGAAACCAGUAUUGAAAAAAUACGGCAAGUCCAAGCAGAAGGCAAAGAAAGUGAGAUUUAACAACGAGGCAAAGGUUCAGUAUCCAGAUGCGAAAGGUAAAGAGUCAGAUAAGCACAAUAGUGAUGAUGAGUGGGAAGAUAUCGAGUUCUUGGAUGAUGCGGGUCCCACAUAUGAGGAAGCAAGAAAGCUUUUGGGAGAAAGUGCUAAGAAAACGAUUGAUCACGCGAAAUUUCAUAAAAGAGAGGAUGAAUACCAGAAGAUAGAUCUUGCAGACCCGGCAUUCAACGAAAAACUUCAUGAAAAGUAUUUCCCUGAUCUUCCAAGCAACCCAAACCAACUGGAAUGGAUGUCGAAUAAGAACGUGCCGAAAACACCAAAAGUUGUCAGCUACGACUCAAUCGAUGAUCUCCGUUUUGAUUUCAAAGGCGAGAUCAUCACAUCUGAAAACAUUGCUCAGCACUCUGAAACAACCAAGGAUGGGCUUCACAACCAUUCGGCACAUCCAGAACUACCCGGUUACACAAUACCAGAACUAGCACAAUACCUACAGUCAACAUAUCCAGGCCAAAGAUGUAUAGCAAGCCGAACUCUCGGUCGAAUCAUGUUUAAGCUUGGAUCCUUAAGCUAUAGCAUAACCGAAGUGACCAACGAGAAGGCGGGAGGAGUUGAAAAAGAGAAAAGGAAAGCAUCUGGUGAGCAAGGACUGUUUGAGCAAAAGUGCUGGGAGCUGAUUUUGAAAUUGCGUAUUUUGGAAAUGCUUAAUAACAGUGCAGCUGAGACAGAGAAAAACAUCAGUGUUAGAAAUUAUGCAAUUGAAGCAUUAUGGUUGUGGUCUCAGGCAGAUGGAGAUAAUAUUUGCAAAAAGGUGGCUGCCCAGGUUGAAAGAGAAAGGCAAAUAUAUCAGGUGUAA